AUGGCGGCGCUGGGCUCUCCGUUGCGGACGUUGCGUGCGCUCCUGCGCGAGCUUCGCCAAGCCAGCGGCGGGGCCGGCCGCCCCUACCGCGACACCCCGGCCUACCGGCACAUCCUCGCGGCGUUCCGCGCCCACCGGGUCACCAGCGAGAAGCUGUGCCGGGCCCAGCAGGAGCUGCACUUUCAAGCUGCCACCUACCUCUGCCUGCUCCGCAGCGUCCGGGAACACGCGGCCCUGCACCAGGAGUACCACGGCAAGGGGGAACGCUCGCCUGAGGAGGUCGCUGGCCUGGUGGGCUUCAGGUUGCCCCAGCAGCCCGGAGGGAAAGGAUGAAAAUUAUUCCGUUGUGAUACCUAUUUAGCCCUGAAUAAAUAAUCUAGCAUUAUCGAAACGGGAUGGAUUUUCUAGCUAGUGUUUUCUGUCAAUUUUAAGUU